ACAAAGACAGAGGGAGACAGCUGCAGAGAGGCAGAGAGAGACAGAGAGACAAAAAGACAGAGACAGACAGAGAGACAGUGAGAGAUAGUUGAAUGAUAAGUUAUGGAUGAGUGGUGGAUCAACAGUGCCCUAUCGUUCUCCAGCGGCCUCUGCCUGUGACAAUGGAGCCCUGUUCCACCAGCUUUCUCGGUGUGACGGCAGAAACGACUGUGGGGACAACAGUGACGAGCAGAACUGUGCCUGUUACUAUCUACGGGACAGAGGGACAAGCUACAGAGGCCGUGAAAACCGUGGCAACUCCUGUCAGUUCUGGACAUCUCAGUACCCCCACCCCCAUAACCACACUCCCCAGGCCUACCCACGGGCAGGGCUGGAGCAGAACUACUGCCGGAACCCGGACGGGAAGGACAGGCCGUGGUGCUACACAAACAACCCGCUCAUCAGGUGGAUGUACUGCGAGGAGGUCUUCGCCUGUGAAGCCCCACCGACGCGAUGCUUCUACGCAGUGGAUAAGGGAAGGAGUUACGCAGGGCAGACUAACAGGGCAGGAGACCGGGUGUGUCAGAGAUGGGACUCCCAGUCCCCCCACAGCCAUCCCCACACACCACAGGCUCAUCCUGAUGCAGGCCUGGAUGAGAACUUCUGCCGUAACCCUGACAACAAGGAGCGGCCCUGGUGCUACACCACGGAUGAGUCGAAGAGGUGGGACUUCUGUGACGUCAUGGAAUGUGCUGGUAUGAGAGUUUGAACAACCUGUAGAUUUGAUCUAGUCUCAUUUAUCAAAUAUCGAUGUAAAGAUAACCACGAAUACAUCAAAGGUAAGUAAAUUACAAUUCAAUCACUCACGCACUCACUCAAUCAAUCACUCACUGACUCACUCAACCAUUCACUCGUGAUCACUCACUCACUCACUCAGUAACUACAUGUACUAUAGCUAUAGAUUAUGAACAUACUAGAUUAUGAACAUAUUAGAUAGUUUUUGACAAAUGUACUAUUUGUUUUAAAACUAAAGGUUUGAAAAAAGUCAUCCUUAAUUUCCCCAUUUGUCUUCUUAGACCCUUUAUCACCGGGCUCUAGAUCUGUCGGCCAGGACUGCGGUGGAGACUACACCUGUGCAGAGUCUUUCCCAUCACGACUUUGCUACUGUGACGAAGACUGCAGCUUUUUCGGUGACUGCUGCCAAGACUUUCAGUAAGUAAACCUCUACUAGCCUGGUAAAAUCAGGCCGAUAGCAGCCUCAUCGACUCGGACCUCAUGCUGGCCAACAACUGUUCACCAUAUUGAUAUAUAUUUCAAUCAUAUUGAUUGAGACUAACAUACAGGGAUAUGAUUACUGAUAAAAGAUAUCAAAGACAGUCCAGGGGCUUUAGGUAACAAGAAAAACCUUCAAGAUACUAUUAUUAUCAGACAAGCUUUAUUGACACGACGAAAAAUACAGUAAUUUCUUAUGGUGAACUAUAAACUGCAACAAAAAAAAAAAGAGAAAGAAUACAGAAUACAUCUUACAACUCUACUAAUUAAACAACAUCGGAUGAUUAGAUUAACAUAUAUUUGAAACCGUGUGCGUGGUGAAAAGUCUUAGAGAAAGUAAGACAGAAAAUACAUUACAUGGUAUUUUGAAACGACUUAACCCGUUCGUAUACUUGAUUGCUUAUCACAGCUUAAAAGCAGUCCUAUGAGUUUUUCACAUCCAACCACAUCAUAGACUUGAUGUACCUUGAUGCUAACAACUGACAGCGAUUUUAACUUCACGUCUUUAUCACUAUUUAUCCAUCUGCUAGUGCCGAUUUCAACGGUGACAAGAAAAGUUUUACACGUACAAAAAAUGUGAUUUUUUUUCUAACAAAUCUUCUCAUUGUGCCCCUUUCUGUCCACAGCAUAACGCGUAGUUUGUUCAAAUGGAAUUGAAAUAAAAGUGCAACAAUCUUGUUACUUGCUGCACAUUAUGUAAGUGCUAAAACUGGACUAUUGUGUUUACCAUGUUGUUGACUAGUAUCCAUGGUGAAGGGAUUUCCUUAGCUGUUAUUGGCCUGCAAGAUAACAGCUACUUAGUGUCUGAUAGACAACUAGAUAUGUACAAUCUAUCCAUUUGUUUGUCUAAUGAGUAACUGUUGUCCUAUUCUCCAGUUAUCAGGGUGUCUAACCUCCAUCGUUAUAAUUGGACUAAUUUUCAUUUUCGACAAAGAAUCCCUGAUUCUAACUGUUCCUUUUGCUCAGCAAUUACGAAAAUGAAAAGGACGUGUUUAAAUUUUCAACAUAACAUCUUAAUUAGAGGCAUUGUGAUUUAUUAAAGCUUUAUUGCAUUCGCUACAGAGAAGGCAGUGAAUCCCAAACACCGUCAGACCAUCACCAUCUGAAGUGGGACUGUGUGUCUGGCUUUUCUCCUGACCUCGUUAGAAACAAAAUAAAGAAAGAGUCCUAUUGGAUGGUUGCUGACUGUCCUGAUGGAUGGAAGGAAGACGUUACGAGGGAAAAGUGUAUAAAACAAGUGGACCCCUUUAACCCAAGUGAGCUCGUCCAUAGAAUGCCUGUGGAAGACGCUUCAAAAAUCCCCUACAGAAACAUAUUUUGUGCAAUUUGUAACAAUGUUUCUUUAACAGAAACAGUUCUUUGGGAAUCGCAAGUUGAAUGUGCAGGGAUGCUUGAGUUGUCUCCACAAAUCCCUAGGGGUUCCCAAGAAUAUAACAGCAUCAUUGAAAGUAGUGACGAAUAUUGCUUUGGAACGAAAACGAUAGCGUUUGUCCCUUUAGACAUACGGCAUGCUAGACGAUGUUUCCAGGCUGAUAUUUUAGAAGAGAGUUGUAAUAUCUCCUACUGUAAGUCCUACAGUUACCCAAUAGGCAUUGGGUAUAAGAUUUACAGAAAUGUUCACUGUGCUCUUUGUGAAGGACUUUCUCUAACGGCAGCCGCAAACCUUAAGUGUGCUUCUUUUUCGGAAAUUGAAACCCGAGAACCUUGCGUUCAAUAUUACGAAUGUCCCUCAAGAUUCUCACUAACUAAUCUCUUCAACUUUAAUUCGUAUGGGAGUGGUGGAAACAGUCCCAAUCAGUGUCCUUCCGACACUUUAUACGAUCCUUUUGCAGACACAUGCCGGUUAUUCUCGUCCUCCCGUAGAACUCACGGCUCAUUAAACAAUACCACCCCCUUAGAAAACUGCAGAGAACCCGCUCUAACGUUCACAGCGGAAGAGUUCCGAGUCCUUCCCAAUGGUAGCGUCCUCCUGUUGGGUUCUAACGUGUCCUGCCUAGCUGAGCAGGUGGCCAUUCUGAACACAACAGCAUCGAUCUGCGGGGAGUGCAUUCUUCAGUACUUCUCAAACUACACACAGACAGCUAACCCUUGGGACGCUGACCAGGGCUGGUUAACCCUAGGUCUUGUGAUAGUGUCCGCUGUAGCAGUGUUUGGUUACGUGGUCCACAAUAUCAGGUCUGGCCAGUGGGAGAAAGUCCCAGAAAAGCUGAAGGUUCAGAUGUUGGUAUGCAUGGCGUUUGCUGAAGUCUUGUUUAUGGUACGUGUGAGGGUCCCCCUCGGAUCGGCUUGUGCAGCGUUCGCGAUAAUUCUUCACUACUUUCUGUUGACGGCCUUCACAUCCAUUAACGCACUUGCCAUGGACCUCUUUCUAACGUUUCGUGAUGCUUUAGAAAGAGCGAAGCUGUACCAGUACCUGUUGUACACAUGGCUGAUGCCGGUCCCUAUAGUCAUAGUGACUGUGAUUGUAGAGUUCGGCAGUUCGGUCAGUGUGGGGUACGGAGAGAACUGUUGGAUCGGCAAUCCGGUAGCCAACCUGCUGGCUUUUGGAGUCCCUGUCUUCAGCGCCAUUCUGGUCAAUGCUGUCUUGGCCACUUUUGUCUUGCGGGCCAUACGGAAGUCAUUUGUGAUAGCCGACAAGGCGAAGUCACGUUCGAACAGCAGCAAGGCUUGGGUUUACCUGCGUAUCUGCUUCCUGACGGGGUUCACCUGGAUUCUCGGCUUCAUCUAUCCUUACGUCAACAGCCGAGCUGUCGAGUACAUCUUCAUUGUGCUGAAUGCUUCUCAGGGCCUUCUACUGGCCCUGAUACUGACAAUAACAUCGAAGAUGGUGCAGAAAUGGAAGGUGGCGAUCAGGGAACGCUUUGGUCUGGCUGAACCUAACAAAGACAAUAGAGCAAGCACCGCUGCCAUGAAGCACAGGACCACCGCAACGGCGUCUGAGACCAGCUCUUCUGCAGACAUACCCCUUACAACUUUCACUGAUGUGGAGGAGAACAGAGCACGCAUUCAGCUAGAUAGUCCAAAUAAGGCCAGUGGAUGUACUGCCACUGUUAGCAAUCGGAAGACCACAGUGUGUGCUACAGAAAUGCCCAAGACAACUUUAGCUGAUGUCGAGAAAACUGCACGCUCUCAUCUGGACAAGCCUCAACAGGACAGCGGAGCAACCGCCGCUGCAAGCACCGAGCUUGCCUCCACAGGGGGAACUGACGCAGUUGCAAGCGGAAGUGACGUAGUGGCAGGCGGAAGUGACGUAGUGACAGGUGGAAGUGACGUAGUGGCAGGUGGAAUUGACGUAGUGGCAGGUGGAAGUGACGAAGUGCCAGUCGGAAAUGACGUAGUGGCAGGGGGAAGUGACGUAGUGGCAGGCGGAAGUGACGUAGUGGCAGGCGGAAUCGACGUAGUGGCAGGCGGAACUGACGUAGAGGCAGGCGGAAGUGACGCUUGGCAGGCGAAACUGACGUAGUGGCAGGCGGAAUUGACGUAUGGCAGGCGGAACUGACGUAGUGGCAGGCGGAACUGAAGUAGUGGCAGGCGGAACUGACGAAGUGGGUUCCAUAACCGCUCCGGAUAUAGAUGAAAAAGAGACUAGUUUCUAGUUUGAGCCGUUGACUUACUGACUUGACUUAUGUCAGGUAUCAAUCCUCAACUGCCACCCGAACCACUGCAGCAGCCCAGAAGACCCUGUCCAGCAUCGCCUUGCCCAUGCUGCCUGCCUCUAGUGCUGAGCCGUUAGAGACAGCAUUGACAGCAACAACAGCUUUAAGAUUCCUUGUACACCUUCCUAUUUCAAAGGGAAUCACUCAAAAUCUAAUCAGUUUCAAUGAUUUAUAACGUAAUCAAAAUCAAGCUCUAAUCUAGCCACAUGCAUUGCAUACUUUAAUUAUAAGAAGAAAGAGGGAGAGCUUUAAUGCGCGAUAUUUUAGCAGGUUCAAAGUACGGCAUCGUGUACAUGACAGUUAAAUUUUUGCAAUCUCAAAAAAAUUAUGUACGUCAUGAAUAACAGCAAUCAUGCAUACUGAAAGUCCAGAAAAUUAUGUUUUAAAGGAAAGUAUAUACAUGCUAUGUCAGCUGUAAUCUCUGUUCUACAGAGUUUUAUAUGGGUUAUGUUACAUACUACUAGAGAUAUGAAAAGCUCAUGAUAGUUUUUGUUUGUGCAAUAUUGUAACAAUUGUCUGUCUUAUCAUACAUUGGGCAAUCUAUUAUGAGAAUGGAAUUUGUUUUGAAUAUGACUAUGACACCCUUGCAAAGCUUUACCAGUUUGAUAAAUAACUCGAUAAAAAGUUGUCGGCUCUUGCAAAAGAAAAAAAAAUGUUAUUAAAAAUGCCACAGAGUCAAAGGAUAAGAUAUGUAAAUAGAUAAAUAGGGCAUCAUUGAAAUAAUCAGAUGGCUUAAGUUGUAAAAAUAAGAAAUAGACUUUUAUUUCGAAUUCUUCAUUGUUCAUGGUGUAAUAAUUAGUGCAUGAAUAUUUUAGGAAAACGUUUCAACUGUUUUUGUACCAUAAUGACUUUGACAAGAGGUCCAAUAUUUGCAAGAUGAGAAUAAUAGUUAAACAGAGAUUGUGUAACUAUAGUAAACAAGAUGCAGUGGAAAUUAAUAUGAUUUUAUUUGUAAAUGUUUUCAUUACGAAGAUGACGGAAACAGGCCAUGUGAAACAGUAACCACAAUGUGCAAGAUGUCUUAUGUUUUCACGAUAAGGAUAUUGGUUAAAGAAAGAUUGUGUAAAUAUGGUAAAAAGGAUGCAGUGGAAAUCAAUAUAAUUUUAUUUGCAAA